CGGCGUGGUGGCCGCCAUGUCGCCGCGGAACGGCCGCCGCACCGGAGCCCAUCGGGCGCACUCGCUCGCCCGCCAGCUCAAGACCAAGCGGCGCCGCCGCGACCUGGACGAGAUCCACGUGGACAUGAAGCCCGAGAACGCGGCGCGGCUGCUGCGCCAGGAGGUCGACCCCGACCUGCCGGGCUGCGCCCAGUUCUACUGCCUGCAUUGCGCGCGCUACUUCGUGGACAUGAACAGCAUGAAGGAGCACUUCAGGUCCAAAGUGCACAAGAAGAGGCUGAAGCAGCUGCGGGAGACUCCGUACACGCAGGAGGAGGCCGAGCGCGCCGCGGGGAUGGGCUCCUACGUCCCCCCAAAGAAGGUGGAGGUGCAGACCCAGCCCCUGGAGGAGGCCACUGAGAUGGAGACGUCCAGCUGAGCCCUGGGUACGAGGGACUGAGAUCUGGCGGCUCUGUGAGGGCGCCUUUGUCCUCAGCUUUGUGAGCAGAACACGUCCCAGCACAGCCUGCCAGGAAAAACCACCCUGCUCCUCCUGCAGCCCCGGGACUAACGAGGAGAAGGAGCCAAGGAGACCCUGGGUGCCCUCACUGUGUGUCCUCCUUCUCCAGGAAGGGACAAGCAGCUUGUUCCCUCAGCUUGUCCCUGGCAGGACUGUGCGCUCCUCUCGUUGCUUUUGGAGAGAUUUUGGGUGUCUGUCCUUGGGUCAGAGGUUGUUGCAGCGAUUCACCCAUUAAAAUAUGUCAACUGAGA